UGCAGGGGAGUGAAGUAAUGGAUAAGAUGCCUCACACAUGUUCAGCUUGGGUUUGUACACACCGCUGUAUGCUCCAAACCAGAUCCCGGGUUAUUACAUUUAAUAGCAAAGCAAAUGGGCAACACAGCAUCAAGUUUUCAGACAACACAACCAUGAUCAUCAACAACAACACUGAGGUUGACAAGAAGAAGAAGGUAAAAUACCUGACUAUAUGAUGCCGUGACAACAAUCUCUCUCUCUGAAUGUCAAGAAGAGAAAAGCGAGUAUGAUGCAUCAAUGCUCCUCUGUCCAGACAGUUUCCAGCUUCAGCAUCGGAGAAAACAUCAAACUUUUAGUGGAUCGCCCAGAUGGAGUCUACUGCUUUCGUUUGCACAAGGAUCGUGUUUACUACUUGAGUGAGAAACUAUUAAAACUGUCUACAAAUAUCUCCCGGGAUAAACUUAUCUCUGUUGGAACUUGCUUUGGGAAGUUCACAAAAACAAUGAAAUUCCGCCUUCAUGUCACUGCUUUGGACUAUCUGGCACCUUAUGCAAAAUAUAAAGUGUGGGUAAAGCCUGGUGCAGAGCAGUCAUUUUUGUAUGGAAAUCAUGUCCUCAAGUCUGGGCUGGGACGAAUAACGGAGAAUACAUCCCAGUAUCAAGGAGUUGUUGUCUAUUCUAUGGCUGAUGUCCCUUUGGGGUUUGGUGUUGCAGCAAAGUCCACACAGGAUUGCCGAAAGUUAGAUCCAAUGGCAAUUGUGGUGUUUCAUCAGGCAGAUAUUGGAGAGUAUUUAAGAAGUGAAGAUACUCUUACAUAGUCUACUAUUUAAUAACAUAUUCAGAACUCAAAAGACAAGACUGAAAAAAUAACACCAUGUCUGGUGCUGAAGGGUCAUUUCUGCAAGAGGCCGAGAUGCAGUGUGUGCCAUACAAGGCUAAACUUCAUACUGGACAGAUUGAUCAUUGUUGCUGUUUGUCAAGUUUUCUGACAGAAAAUGUACAGUUUUUUGAUGCAUUGCAUUUAUUACAACUGAUAUAUUAAAAUAUAUAUUGAUAACAAUGUAACAUAUUGUUAACAAAAAAAAAAUUCCAGUUAAUAUGUGUUUUAAAAUGAUCACAUUGCAUUAUAUUUAGAGUUUGUGUUAUGUGAAGUGUUCUUUCUUCUAGUUAUUGGGCACUCCCACUAGUCCAUUGUGCAGAAUUGCACAGCAGGGUUACUUAUCUUUGAGGCAGCAUGUAUAGUGGCAUUCUUUAACACAAAAUGAUAUGAGUCUACUUUUAAUAAAAGCAAAAAUUGUAGUUUCUUAUUCAUUGUUUUAGUUUAAAUUACAAAUAAAUGCAAACCUUAGGAUCAAUCACCAUUUAGUUCCCAUCAGGCCAUGUUAUAUGUGACUACUUUAGCAUUUUUUUUAUUUUUUUUAAAUUGUAGCCUUCAUGUAUAUAAUCUUUGUGAGUUGGAGGCAGUCGACUGGAUGCUUCAAUGAAGCUGUGUAAUGCGACAUACCUGGCAACUCGAUCCAUCCAGUCUGCGACUCACUCCAACAAAAUCAAACAGAUUUGAUUUUUGUCUUUAGUUGCAGGAAUAUAGACCCUGUGUACAUGAAAGUAGACAACUGAUGAAUGUGUAUGUGGGAGUACAAUGCAUAAAAUAUAGUGACAAGGAAUGACAGCGUUUUGGAGCUCACAAACAGAAACUGUUGUCUGUCUGAUGUAUUUCAUUUUAUGUACCGUGACAGAAUAGAAGCAAAAAAAAAAA